CGGCUCCGGCACCGAGCGCGGUACCUCAAUCAUCCGCGCCUAUGCAGUCAGCUGCGACUUCUGCUGCUGGUGUAGAUCCCAACGGAGCCAUCUACCCACCAUCCAACGGCUCUGCCGCGUCCUCUGGGCUCCCCAUGCCGGGCAUGGCACAGACUACGGCUCAGUACAAGCCAGAGCCCGGCGUCAAGAUGGAACCUGGUAUGGACAACGCCGGUAUGGCAAACUUUGGGGACGGCAACACUGUAGCCCAGCAGCGCGUCAUUGAUCAACUGCAGAACCAGUACGGCGAGCGUGCGGCCGGCUCGAUUGAGAAGCUGAAGGGUUCCUUCACAGCCAGCGGCAGCAAUGGAGCUCCGGGCCAGCAGAGACCCGGCAUCCCUAUGCCGCAAACAAACCAAUAUCCGGGCAAUGGCACACAACAGCAUCCGCAUUCGCAAAUGGACGGUGCUGAUGACUCGGAAGGCAUCAGUGGAAUCCUGAUGUAUCAGACUGCGUCCGGGCAGCAGCGGGAGAUGGGCCGACUGGAGAUUGACAGUUUGCUCCACGCUCAGAUCUCGGCUCGUGCUAAAGCCAUGGAAGGGGGUGGUUUCAUGGUGCCUCUGAAGCGGACCAAGGAAGUGGGCAAGUCGUCUCAGCCUCGAGAGCCUAUGGCGGCCAUGAUGGGGCCUUCGCAAUACGACGGCGCGGACGACGACGACGACCUCAAAGAUGAAGAAGAGGACGAGGACGCCAUCAACUCGGACCUCGACGAUCCCGACGACAACCUCGAUGAUGAUGACGAGGACGAGGAUGGCGGUCAGAUCAUGCUUUGCAUGUAUGACAAGGUGCAGCGUGUCAAGAACAAGUGGAAGUGUGUGCUCAAGGACGGCGUCCUCAGCAUAAACGGAAAAGACUACGUCUUCCACAAGGCUACGGGCGAAUACGAGUGGUAGAGCAGUGAUGCGAUGGAGGUAGGACAUGACUUGAAAGCGGUUUUGGCAUCAUGGCGGCGAUAACGACCGCCCCACGGUCGUCAUUGACCUACAAGUUCCAAUCUUACCACAGCCUGCUUUCACCUUGUUGCUCACUUUUGCAGAAAAGGUUGAGCUGGCACUCAACAGCAACGGCAGCAGCGUUCAAGGGCAACGUGGCCAGUCUUUUGUUCAAUCGUGUCCUCAAGCAUUGCUCGGAUGCAUCCCACUUCACGUUUUCACUCUUGAAGGCAGU